AUGGAAAUGUCAGUGAGGUUCGUCGUCAUCGUCGUCGUCGUUGUCGACGGCCCCGGUUCCGUCGACCCGGCCGACUGUGACUCAUGCACACGUCUGCCGGCGGACUUGCCACUAACGUCGCACGUUGCCACGGUCCGGCCAACGACCGGAAACAAGGCGACGAAUGGAGGUCAAGGUGUCGCCCUCACAAAACGGUUCCAUAAACGCGGUCGCGGAUCAGGGACCCCGGCAACAGGCGCCGCCACAAUAGUCCGUUUGAUGAUUUGUAAACUUUUCCGGCAUACGAUGCUGACAAUGUGGCAUAAAAGCUUACAAUGCACCAAACCUCGCCCGCCAUCGUUGCAUCUGAUGCUAAUGAAAAUGACAAAACAAUGA